AAACCUUUUAAAUCUAACCUUAUUUUCUUGGCGCGAUAGAUAGUGAACUAAUAUUAAUCUCUCCAAAAAUAUUAAUUCAAAUACGAAUCAGCUAUCCUACUUAAAUAAAGUGUAGGAUCGCUUGACAAAAUUAAAAACUACCGUAGUAAACAUGCAGUGAAGUAGUGUUUAAAUAAGUUAAAAAUAAAUUAGUGGUGGGAAAACUUCAUUUAAAUACAGUAAACAAAUGCGUGUGUUCAUUUAGUAGAUCAGUUGCAUUCUAAUCCAAUUCAUAUCAGUAUCAGUAGUAUCUGUUUAGUUUUAUUGGUUUAAAUAAAUAACAAGAAGACGGAAAAUCUAAGGAAUUUUUAGCAUCUAUGACAUUCAGGUCACAAAGCGCGCGAAUCAUUACAAGUACAGAGAGUGUUGUUUGUUUGUGAAAUCAAUUGUAUUGUGAAGAUAAUCAACCAAAUGACAAAUAAUAGAGGACACAUGACUAUUGAUGAUUCAUCAUGGUGGAAGAGACGAACAACUUUGGAACGAGGACUGACGAUAAUAGCAGUUUGCGGGGUGCUUUUAUGCAUUGCCUUGGCAAUAAGUAUUGGUGUAAUAGUUAAGAAGUCGAGGUCACGCAGUGGCACAGAUGCAGAUAACGUUUGCAACUCACCAUCUUGUAUCCAUACCGCCUCGGAAAUCCUAAAAAAUAUGGAUUCAUCUGUUAACCCUUGCGAUGACUUUUAUAAAUUUGCCUGUGGUGGAUUUAUUAAAUCAACUAUCAUUCCUGAUGACAAAAAUAUCGUGAAUACAUUUAGUAUAAUUGGUGAUCAAGUUUUAGCACAACUAAAAAUGAUAGAAGAUCCGCGUUUAAUAGAUAUGCCUCAUCCAUUUAGACUUGUAAGAUCUCUCUACAAAAAAUGCAUGAACAAAACUGUCAUUGAAGAACAAGGACUUACUCCUUUGUUGAAUAUUCUAAAUGAACUCAGAGGAUGGCCAGUACUAGAAGGAGAUAGGUGGAAAGAUUAUGAAUUUAAUUGGAUGACAUCUAUCUUCAAGCUUCGAGAAUUGGGUUAUUAUUUUGAUUGUUUUAUAGACUUUAGCAUUGGCGUUGAUGUUAAAAACACUACGAGACGUGUUAUGUAUUUAGAUCAACCUUCACUUGAAUUAUCACGAGAAUACUUAAUAGAAGGACUAGCUAACAAGAUUGUAAACGAAUAUUACCGGUACAUGGUCGACAUUGCGGUGAUUCUAGGUGCUGACCGUAAACGCGCUGAAAAAGAACUUUUGGAAUCACUUGAAUUUGAAAUGAAACUUGCCAAGAUAUCUUUGCCGGUUGAAGAACGACGUAAUUUAACUUUAUUGUACAAUCCAAUGACAGUUGCCGAAUUAUCAAAGAAAUAUCCAAGUAUCCCUUGGAAGGAAUAUUUCAAUAGAAUUCUCAAGCCUCAGGUUCAAGUUGAUGAUAACGAAACAACGAUUGUUAAUGUUCCUAGUUUCAUGUCAGAGUUUGAAAAACUAAUGAAAUCAACAUCAAAAAGAGUACAAGCUAAUUUUGUAAUAUGGCGUGUCGUUUCUUCAACUGUGGGAUUCUUGAAUGAUGAAAUUCGAAAACGAGAACUUGAAUUUUCCACAGCUCUGAGUGGUAGAACGGAAAGAGUUCCAAGAUGGAAAGAAUGUGUUGCUACUGUCUCCAAAACUUUACCAUCGAGCGUUGGAGCCUUGUACAUAAGAAAAUACUUUGACGAAGACGCAAAAAAAGAUGCCAUGGAAAUGGUUUCGGAUAUUCGUAAUCAGUUUAAUAAAAUAUUGCAAUCAGUUGACUGGAUGGAUGAAGAAACGAGGAAGAGUGCUCUAGAAAAAGCUGCAUCGCUGGCUAGCCAUAUUGCGUAUCCUACUGAGCUUUUGUACGACACUGAAUUAGAAAAAUUCUACAAUAAUCUAGAAUUUGAUGAAAAUGCUUCUUACUUAAAAAAUGUAUUGAAUGCGUCAUUAUAUGGCGUAGAAUACUCUAUUAGUCAGUUCAGAAAACCGGUUAAUAAAAGUGAUUGGAUAUCACAUGGCCGUCCAGCUGUUGUUAAUGCAUUUUAUUCAUCAAUUGAAAACAGUAUCCAGUUCCCUGCUGGAAUUCUUCAAGGUGCUUUUUAUAACAAAGACCGUCCAAAAUACUUGAAUUAUGGUGGCAUUGGAUUUGUGAUUGGUCAUGAAAUUACUCACGGCUUUGACGAUGAGGGCAGGCAAUUUAAUAAAGACGGUAAUCUAGUCGAUUGGUGGGCACCAUCAACCGAAAAAAAGUACCUAGAGAAGACUAAAUGUAUAAUUAAUCAGUAUGGAAAUUAUACUGUAAAAGAAGUUGGAAUGAACCUGAAUGGUAUUAAUACUCAAGGAGAAAAUAUUGCUGAUAAUGGAGGUGUAAAGGAAGCAUAUUUAGCGUAUAGAGAGUGGGCUGACCAACAUGAACCAGAACCAAAUCUUCCUGGUCUUCCUUAUACGCCAAGACAAAUGUUUUGGAUUAGUGCAGCAAACACGUGGUGCUCUGUGAUUCGGCCUAAAGCAUUAAUACUUCGUAUUAUUACUGAUUCACAUAGUCCUGAAGAAUUUCGUAUUCUUGGAUCACUGUCUAAUAGGCCAGAAUUCGCUGAAGAUUUUCAAUGUCCGCUAGGAUCAAAGAUGAAUCCAAAAGAUAAAUGUGCUGUGUGGUAAUAUCUUCAACGAGGAAAAUUUUUGUUCUGUUGAUUGAAAAUUCUCGGGUCACAAAAUUUCAUCUAAUUGUCCUGAAUUUAAACUAAUUCAUCUGUUUUUAAACUUUUACAAUGACUUUAAGCUGAUUUGAUCUUAUUUUUUGAAAAACACUUGCGUUACAGAAGAACAAAAUUGAAUUGAAUCAUGGAUUUAUAAUACUUUUAUUUAUGGAUAAAAUUUAUCAAAAACGUUCAAAAUUCCGAAAUUGAUUGUUAUAUAUAUAUAUAUAUACUGGAUAUGUCUCUAGUUUAAAUAAAUAUUUUUUAAUUAUUUCUA